AUGACGGCGAACCCAUUGAACACUGCAAUGCUUUGCCUUCUUUGUGAAGACUUUCAAGGUAUUUUACCUGAAAGCAGAACUCAGUUGUACUUGGACAUAGUACAGUGUGUUCUUAUGAGAUACAGGAAAAAGAAAGGUCUUCCAGUCGAAAAUGAGGAUCUGAUUAAAAUCUACAACGAUGAGUUGAAACUCCUUGGCUUGAUAGCUUUAAACCGCCUAUAUGAAGACAACAUGUACUUUGAGGACAAAAAGCUUGCAAAAAAAGAUGCCGACUUACCUGGAUUUGGAGUUCUGUCAGCUCAACCUGGAAGCAGCAAACGAAGACCGUGUAUGUGCUACGGCUUUACGCAUAAGAGUUUUCAAGACUUCGUCGCCGGACAUUAUCUUCGUUGCCAGCUUGUUAGCAAAGAAAUCAGUCCUGAAAUAUUGGUCACCGACACAAGAUAUUUCCAAGAGCUGAGAGAGGUAUUAAAAUAAACCUGUGGUCUGCUAGCAGCAACAUCGAAACAAAUUGCAGUAGCUCUUAUCAUCUGUAUAGCGAAUAACUUAAACAAAGAAAAUCUGAGAGAAUGUUUUCCUAUUGUACUGGAGUGUAUUAAAGAAUGCAAAAUUGAAAACAGUAAUUUUCACAUGGAACUGGCCCGUACAUUUCUGACAUUUGGAGCAUGUCUGAAAGUUCAACAUGCUCAGAGCCUUGGAGGCAAAGGUAUAAAUGACACUGCUGUUGCUGUGCUUGCUGCCGUGCUUGAAGCAAACACAACUCUGACAAAUUUGAAUCUGUCUCUCAAUAACAUUGGUUCGGCCGGUGCUGAGUCACUUGCUACAGCGCUUAAAACAAACACAAACCUGACGAAAUUGAAUUUGCGUAGUAAUAACAUUGGUCCUGCCGGUGGUGAGUCACUUGCUACAGGGCUUAAAACAAACACAACUCUGAAAAAUUUGAAUCUGUCUUUCAAUAGCAUUGGUCCUGCCGGUGCUGAGUCUCUUGCUGCAGCGCUCAGAGCAAACACAACUCUAACAAAUUUGAAUCUGUCUGACAAUGACAUCGGUCCUGCCGGUGCUGAGUCACUUGCUACAGUGCUUAAAACAAACACAACUCUGACAAAUUUGGAUCUCCGGGGCAAUAACAUUGGUCCUGCCGGUGCUGAGUCACUUGCUACUGUUCUUAAAACAAAU